AUGAUCAUUCGAAUACAGUCCGAGCUUGGCACCAAGCGUGUUGAAGUUUCAGAAUCGGACCAUGUGGCGAAAUUGUUCGAGCUAACUUCAAAAGCCUUCAAUCUGGAUCCAAGUUCUGAAUGGCAACUGUCAAAAUCCCGGAAAGCUAGUGAUGCUUUAAGGCGCAAUUCGCGGAUUAUGAUCAAAACUGCCAAAUUUCAAAAUGGGGACAUACUCUACGUCAUAAGCAAGCCAAAACUCUCUAGUUCUCGAGCUCCUACGCAAGAUGCCGAUAUCAAGGAAGCUUCUUUGGGCCCCUUGAAAGAGGAUGACGUCGACAAAAUUAUUGACGCAAUGGAUGGCAAAAUUAAACGUCCCAAAGGCCACUUAUGCCAUCAUCCAGAUUCUGGUGUCUGCAUUCAUUGCGUUCCCCUAGAGCCGUCAGAUCCAAACUACUUGAGUCUUUGUGAUCCGCCGGUGAAAUUCAUGUCAUUCCAUGCCUAUCUGCGCAAACUGAGAGGUGGUCAAAACAAGGGAAAGCUCGUACGACUGGAGAACACACGUUGUAGCUUGCGCGGUGGGUGCACCUCCCAUCCGCCAUGGCCUGCGGGAAUUUGUACACAAUGCCAACCGAAUCCGGUGACGCUGGAAGUGCAGCCCUACCGACACGUAGACUACGUGCAGUUCGAGAACGGUGAGGUAGUGGAGACCUUUCUUGACUUCUGGCGCCUAACGGGUAGACAGCGCAUAGGACUUCUUCUCGGAGAAUACGCACCAUUUGACACCGCGGGCGCGCCUCCGCUCGCCAUCAAGGCGGUGGUUGCGGCUAUCUACGAACCACCACAGGUGGCUACAAAUCGUUCAGUGAAGCUCACAUGUCCGUUGGACCAGCUCAUGCCGCCCUCUGCGGUAGUGACGGCAGAGGCGUUGGGUUUGAAGCCUGUCGGUUGGAUUUUUACCGACUUAACUGCUGAUGGUGCAGACGGUUCAGUCAAACACUAUCGUGGUGACAUGGACACAUUCUUUAUGAGCGCGGAGGAGUGCAUUACUGCAGCUCGGCUACAGAACCUUCAUCCUAAUCCUUCACGAGACAGUCCGGAUGGCCACUUUGGAUCGAAAUUCGUCACUGUUGUGGUGACUGGCGGCAAGGAUAAUGAGAUCCACUUUGAGGCCUAUCAAGUUUCCAAUGUGGCUAUGGCCCUAGAGUCAGCGGGGAUUCUUGUACCUACGUUUGAUGCUCCUGAAUUGGGGUAUAUUCGCGAAUCUACCAAGGAUCGUUAUGUGCCUGAUGUCUUUUAUGCGACGAAAGACAAGUAUGGCAACACUGUAACAAAGAUUGGACGUCCUCUACCAGUGGAGUAUCUGUUGGUGGAUAUGCCUGCCGCCUUUCCCGUAGAGCAGACCUUCACUUUCGCCGAGCAAUCCACUUACCAUAUUGCACCCCACGACAAGUUUCCUGUGGAGAAUCGGGAGGAGCUCGGGCAAAAACAGGUGCUUUCCACGUCGGUCAAAUAUGAAAUUCUCACAUUUGAGGCGUUUUACCCAUUCCUUCCUUCAUUGCAGAGCGUGGAGGCCUUUGCGCGACAAUUCGUAGCUUACGGACGGAACCGGUUGUAUGGGUGCCUGAACAACUUCCAUGUCUUGGCGUGGUUGGCAGAGCAGGUAGAUAGACUGCCGUUGGACCAGUCAAGUUUCGACAGUCUGUUAGCCACUCUGCGUGCCUCCAAGUCUGUCACCGAGUGGGCUGACAGCUGCCCUGCCUGGGGAAGCCUCGAGCUCAUUCUCAAGACCCUUGGUGGCAGUACGACUACACCUUCUUCACCAAUGGACACGAGCAAUACCGGUGGGAAUGGGCCGCACAGAGGUGCACAAACGUCAACAGCAAGCUUUAGAGAUGUUGUGGCCGGUACUGCAUUCACUUCUUCCUCUGCUACUGCUACUAGCUCCACUUCCGACGCGGAAGGAGAGAGCAGUGACGGAUUUUGGGCCUGUCAACACUGCACCUUUCACAACGGACUGGAUCGCAACGAGUGCGAGAUAUGCAGUCUGCCACGGCACUCCUCGUGA